AUGGCCGUCCCACCACAGGCCACACCGCUGCUGCUCACCAAGCGGCUCAACGCCUUCCUCCGCGCGCACGCGACGCCGCAGCUGCCCACGCUGCUCCUCACCACCCACCACGGCAAGCUCCUCGCCCACGCCUCGCUGUCCACCGGCGCCGGCGCCGCGCAGCCGCCCGUCGCCGUCCUGCGCACCCACGCCACCGUCGCCGCCUCCCUGCUGGCCAUCCACACCGCCUCCUCGGCCGCCCUGCCCGGCGCCCUCGACUCCUCCACCUCCCCCCCCGGUGAAGACGACGAUGGCGAGAGCAGCAGCUCGCUGCCCGAAGACGACGACGACGACGACGACGAGACGGCCCGCGGCACCGACGACGACGAGGUGGAGGCUGGGCGCCGCCGCCACACGCACGCGGCGUCGACGACGACGACGACGACGAUGGGAACGGCGGUGAAGCCGGUUACCAUCACGGUGCAGCUCAGCGGCGGCACGGUCAUCAUCCGCCGCUUGCGGUGCGGCCUGCUGCUCGUCUGUGUCGGGCCGUCGCCCUCCGCGCACGAUGGCGCCGCUGCCGCCACCGCCGCGUCCGCGUCAUCCUCCUCUGCGCCGCUUCCGGGGUCGUCGGCCGGCGUCGCGGAGCUUACGCAGGCGCUAGAGAGCGCCGACCUGGUGAGCGCCGAGACGGAGAGCCUGACCAGCGUCGGCGGCCAGGCGUCCGCUACGAGCGGCGACAGCGCUGCCGCUGCCGGCGCGGCGGCCGCGGCCACCGCUCCCUCGGCCUCGGGGUCGUCAACAUCCUCGGGGUCGUCAUCGUCGGUGGUGGCCAUGCGCAGACACGCCGCCGAGUUGGCUCGCUGGCUGGAUGAGAAGCUCGGAACACUGACCGUGCCUGAGGACAGAACAGGCGCCGAGUAG